GCUAAACAAACAGCAGGCAAAGUCUGAUUUGAAGUAACAGGAGAUAGCUUUUCAUUAGCCAGUCAGUUGUUUAAAAAGUGAGACUGCUUGCCAAGGAUAAUGCAGAAGAAAUGUGUUGCAUCAGAGUAUUGUGAAGAAGUGGGGGUUGGUGAAGAAACUUUUCUUUUCUCUCAUCAUCCUCUCUUAAAGCAAAUGAGAAGAGUCCCUCAAGACAUUUGGCUGCUUUGCUUUCUUUGUUUCCUCUCCCUCCAAAUAAAUGGAAUGAAAUUCAAGCUCCCAGGUGGAGAUACCAAAUUGUGGAUAAUAAUGGAAUAUCUUGGUGGAGGCUCUGCAUUAGAUCUACUAGAACCUGGUGCUCUAGAUGAAACUCAGAUUGCUACUAUAUUAAGAGAAAUUCUGAAAGGACUCGAUUAUUUGCAUUCAGAAAAGAAAAUUCACCGAGAUAUAAAAGCUGCAAAUGUUCUGCUAUCUGAACAAGGAGAAGUGAAACUUGCUGAUUUUGGAGUAGCUGGGCAGCUGACAGAUACCCAAAUAAAAAGAAACACCUUUGUGGGCACCCCAUUCUGGAUGGCACCUGAAGUCAUCAAGCAGUCUGCCUAUGAUUCAAAGGCAGAUAUCUGGUCUUUGGGCAUAACAGCAAUAGAGUUGGCUAAAGGAGAACCUCCGCAUUCGGAGCUACACCCAAUGAAGGUGUUAUUCCUUAUUCCAAAGAACAAUCCACCAACACUGGAAGGGAACUACAGCAAACCCCUCAAAGAGUUUGUGGAGGCCUGUCUAAACAAGGAACCCAGCUUUAGACCUACAGCAAAGGAGUUGUUGAAACACAAAUUUAUAAUAAGGAAUGCAAAGAAAACCUCUUACUUGACAGAGCUCAUUGAUAGGUACAAGAGAUGGAAGGCUGAACAGAGCCAAGAUGACUCGAGUUCAGAAGAUUCAGACACAGAAACAGAUGGUCAGGCAUCAGGCGGCAGUGACUCAGGAGACUGGAUCUUCACAAUCAGAGAAAAAGAUCCUAAGAACCUGGAGAAUGGAGCAGUUCAGCCACAGGAACUGGAAAGAAAUAAGGUGAAAGAUAUCCCAAAGAGGCCUUUGUCUCAGUGCUUAUCUACAGUUAUUUCUCCUCUAUUUGCAGAGUUGAAAGAGAAAAGCCAGGCAAGUGGAGGCAACAUGGGAUCCAUUGAAGAACUGAGAGGUGCAAUUUAUUUGGCAGAAGAAGCCUGUCCCGGGAUCUCGGAUACCAUGGUGUCUCAGCUUGUACAGAGGCUUCAGAGAGCUUUUUGUUGGAUUGUCAUUGUGUGGCAUAAAGAGGUUUUGAGUCAGAUAUUCACUGAGUGGUGGAGGAACUUCAUCCCACUGAAAUCUUUUUAGUAUUGGGGUUUUUGUUUUUCCUUCUUUCUCUUUCCUUUUCUAUUUUAAAAAAAAAAAUCAACAAGACCCUGUGGUGACUGCCUUGAAGAGGUGUGUGACUGACUGCAGGGAUCAUCUCCCAUGGCCGGAGGAGGGAGAGCUGCCCACACAGAACAAACAUUCCUCAGUGGCCCACAGCAAGAUGAAGUCUCCCAGUUGGGUGGUGUGUCAGCUUCUUAAAGCUAGUUUUAUUUUGUUACUGUUAUUAUUGUUUUUAAUUUUAACCACAGUGCAUAUAUUCAAGGGAAGUAUCUUUUAAAAAAAACACAAAAACAAAUAAACCAACCCUGAAAUGUA